AAAGAAGUAGGCUUUAUGUGAGUGACAGUUGCUUCAGGAACCUUGCCGAGGAUCGUAGUGGGAUAAACCUUAAAGAUCUGGUCCAAGACCCUUCUUUGUUGGGUGGGACUAUAUCUGCGUACAAGAUAGUGCCAGAUGAAAUAGAAGAAAUCAAGGUUUGAUUGUGCAUUUAAGAGGAACUGAAGUGGUGGCGGAUGCACUCUGCCCCGUGUGUCAUGCCUGAAGCAGGAAGAGGGGAGGAGGUAGAGCACCCCUCCCGGGACACUCCAGGGCAGGCCACGAGCCCACCCACUCUUAGAGUAUAUGUAUGGACUAAGUAUCUCAAAGUACAGCAGCUGUUCGUUGGAGACGCUGAUAGAUUGGUGCGAUGAAAAAGAACUUAAUUUGAUUUUAACUACUGGAGGAACAGGCUUUGCACCACGAGAUGUCACUCCAGAGAAAUUCCCAACAUUCCCAUUAUGUGGGCUCCAGAGAGGGGCCACUAAAGAAGUAAUAGAGCGAGAAGCUCCAGGGAUGGCCCUGGCAAUGCUGAUGGGAUCACUAAAUGUUACUCCUCUGGGCAUGCUCUCUAGACCUGUGUGUGGAAUCAGAGGGAAAACUCUCAUAAUUAAUCUGCCAGGUAGCAAGAAAGGGUCACAGGAAUGCUUUCAGUUUAUACUGCCAGCCCUACCUCACGCCAUUGAUCUUUUGCGGGAUGCCAUUGUAAAAGUAAAGGAGGUACACGAUGAGCUCGAAGAUCUACCUUCACCACCACCUCCUCUUUCUCCUCCUCCAACCACCAGCCCUCACAAGCAGACAGAAGACAAAGGAGUACAGUGUGAGGAAGAGGAGGAAGAGAAGAAGGAUAGUGGAGUUGCCUCAACAGAGGACAGUUCUUCUUCACAUAUAACGGCAGCAGCCAUUGCAGCUAAGAAGCAUCCAUCCUACACCAGUUCAGCUGUUAUCAUGGCAAAAGGUGAACAGCCCAUCCCUGGUCUCAUCAGUUAUUGCCAUCACGCAGCAGGCAGUGCAGGAGAACCGAUUCCAGAUUCCAUCAUCUCUCGUGGUGUUCAGGUGCUCCCACGUGAUACAGCCUCCCUCAGUACUACUCCUUCAGAAUCUCCUCGUGCCCAGGCCACCUCUCGUCUUUCCACUGCAUCCUGCCCAACACCAAAACAAAUUAGACGGCCGGAUGAAAGCAAAGGAGUUGCUAGUAGAGUUGGAUCCCUCAAAGCUCGGCUCCCUUCGUGCUCAUCCACCUAUAGUGUUUCUGAGGUCCAGUCGAGGUGCAGCAGCAAGGAGAACAUCCUCAGAGCAAGUCACAGUGCUGUUGACAUUACCAAGGUAGCAAGAAGACACCGCAUGUCUCCAUUCCCAUUGACAUCUAUGGACAAGGCCUUCAUCACAGUUCUGGAGAUGACCCCAGUGCUUGGAACAGAAAUCAUCAAUUACAGAGAUGGAAUGGGCCGAGUCCUUGCUCAAGAUGUAUAUGCAAAAGAUAAUCUACCACCAUUUCCAGCAUCAGUAAAAGACGGCUACGCUGUCAGAGCUGCUGAUGGCCCAGGAGAUCGAUUCAUCAUAGGGGAAUCCCAGGCUGGUGAGCAGCCAACUCAGACUGUGAUGCCUGGUCAGGUAAUGCGCGUUACAACCGGUGCUCCAAUUCCAUGCGGUGCUGAUGCAGUGGUGCAAGUGGAAGAUACAGAGCUCAUCAGGGAAUCAGAUGAUGGCACUGAAGAACUAGAGGUUCGAAUCCUGGUGCAGGCUCGACCAGGCCAAGAUAUCAGACCUAUAGGACAUGACAUUAAAAGAGGUGAAUGUGUGCUGGCUAAAGGAACCCACAUGGGUCCGUCUGAGAUUGGUCUCUUAGCAACUGUUGGAGUCACUGAAGUAGAAGUUAACAAGUUUCCAGUCGUUGCGGUCAUGUCAACAGGGAAUGAGCUACUGAAUCCUGAAGAUGACCUCUUGCCAGGAAAGAUUCGGGACAGUAACCGUUCAACUCUCCUAGCUACAAUCCAAGAACACGGCUAUCCAACAAUCAACUUGGGAAUUGUGGGAGAUAAGAAGCCAGAUGUUGUUAAAGAAGAAGGGACACAGAGCUUCCAGAACACUGCGGAGACAGGCCUACCAGAUUGCCCAGAUGAUUUACUGAAUGCACUGAAUGAGGGUAUCAGCCGUGCUGACGUGAUCAUUACAUCAGGAGGUGUAUCUAUGGGGGAAAAGGACUAUCUUAAACAGGUGCUGGAUAUUGAUCUUCACGCACAGAUUCACUUUGGCAGAGUUUUUAUGAAACCAGGCCUGCCAACAACUUUUGCAACUCUGGAUAUUGAUGGCGUAAGAAAAAUAAUCUUUGCGCUCCCAGGCAACCCUGUGUCAGCUGUUGUCACCUGCAAUCUCUUUGUUGUUCCUGCACUGAGGAAAAUGCAGGGUAUCCUGGAUCCUCGACCCACCAUCAUCAAAGCCAGGUUAUCAUGUGAUGUAAAAUUGGACCCCCGCCCAGAAUAUCAUCGGUGCAUACUGACUUGGCAUCACCAAGAGCCACUACCUUGGGCACAGAGUACAGGGAAUCAGAUGAGCAGUCGUCUGAUGAGUAUGCGUAGUGCCAAUGGACUGUUGAUGCUACCUCCAAAGACAGAGCAGUAUGUGGAGCUUCACAAGGGGGAGGUGGUGGAUGUCAUGGUCAUUGGAAGGCUAUGAUGUCACCAGCAAGAGCGAAGCUUUGAUGCAUGUCCACAUAUCAUUGACUGUAUCCUGUAAUAUGCAACGGCACAGCUAGUUUUUCUGAUUUGGAUAAAAGUUGAUCAGUAUAGUCAACAUCUUGAAUUAUAUUUCAAAUGGAAUUUAAAUAAAUACCUUUUAAAAAAAACUUUAAAACAAAUCUUAACAAAGAAAUUUAUUCUGAUUAUAUCAAAGCAACUUUUUCCUUUCCUUGCAAUUGCUUUGUGUGUUCAAUGCUAGUUCUAAUAGCGGUAGCUUUUAGUAGACAGCAGUAGGUGCCUGCAGAACUUGUGUUUUUUCUCAUCUUUGAGAUACAACUACUUAUGCUCUUAAAACAAGGCUGUCUGCUUAUUUAUACUAGCGUAGACAACACUUGGAUUUCCCUUAUUAGUAUGCUUCAUAACCGCUUCACAGAGAGCUUCUGCUUGUUCUUUAUCUUGUAUCUCGUGUUGAUGUGCACAGUGCCAAAAGCAGAGUGGCUGCACUGGGAACCCAAUGAAGCCCCGAGGUUUGCUCACCUCGCUGUGCAUUCAGGGAUCUCUCUUGUCCCAGCAGCCACCCAGCUCAGUACUCUUGGGCAGUAACUGGAUACCUUUUAUUUCAACAAACAAACAAAAAAAUUGCUUCCUUAAGUGCUGACAGCCUUUUUAACCAAUACAUUUAAAAAUGUACAGAACUAAAAACUAAAAAAAAUCAAAGACUGAUCUUGUACAGAUAUUAGUGUUACCAGCAUUCGUGUGGAAAUUAAAUGAGCAAAGAAAUAAAACUAAUGUUAAACAACUCUGUACCAUAACAUUUUCUGUAAUGAUAUUGAAACUUAAAUGAAUAAAAAAAAUCCUCAAUCAUUAUUUAAAA